AUGAGUGAGGAAGGAUAUUCCAGCUCAGGUUGUGUACAUGAUGUUUGCGAAGAUCUUCUAAAAUACGCAAAUGAUGGGUACUUUUCGAUGUCAGAGAAGGCUGAAGAACUUCUUCAGGUCCUUUCUAAAGAGCAUCUACAGGCUCUGAGUAUAUGCAUCCAUGAAAUUGCCUCGGGAAACUUCUUUGGGCCUACACUUCCUUCUGUUGGCACUUAUUUUAUUGAUGGAAUGGUUAAUAGCCUUCCUACGGUGGCUCACAGCGACAUACUUCAGGGAAUGUAUGCAUCCAACCAUAAUGAACAGCAAAACAUUGUUGUUAAACAAAAGUCUUUGAGUUCAAAUACGAUUGCAUUCGAAGAUGGAGAAUUGAUUAACAGCUUGCAUUGCGUGCCUGGUGGCGUGAAAUUGACUGGUGGUGGUGAAGCUCUUCCGAUGAAACCGGUAUGCGAUAAUGACCUCAUGAUUAUUAGCUUUAAACGCAACAUUGGUGAAGAUCUGGGCAUCACAAUUGGACUCAAAGGGAGGGGACCAUCGGUGGGAUACGUACGCGACGUCUAUGUGAAACGUGUGAUGGUCGGUUCGCAGGUGGAGCGGUUCGGCCUCCUCGGCGAGGGCGACGUUAUCCGCGAGGUCAAUGGGGUCUCCAUCGACAAGCCGGAGACUCUACAGGAACAAAUAGCCAAAUCACCCCCAACCGUAACAUUGAAAAUCAUCCCCGCUCACAAGGAUCAUAAAGUCAAAUCCCAGCUCUACGUUCGGGCUCUCUUCACAUAUGAGCCAGAAAAGGAUAAUCUAUUACCCUGUAAGGAGGCAGGUCUCCGAUUUCAGUGCUAUGACAUCCUGCAAGUGCUUAACCAGUCAGAUCCCAACUGGUGGCAGGCUCGCCACUACGACUCCAAUGAACAUGCUGCCCUCAUACCCUCCGAUGCCCUGGAAGAAAGGCGCAAAGCUUUGAUUGAAAGUCUCCCCGAGGCUAACACCUUUAGCUACAAGUUAUUUAAGGGACUCGUAAGCAGCCAAAAAACAAAAAAGGUGGGUCACUUUACUAAGGUCAUUUUCAAAGCCAAGGACUUCGAAACCUUCGCAUCCAAAAAUGUUUGCGUAUAUGAAGAGGUGGCGCUGAUAUCAGGAUUUCAGAGGCCUGUUAUCUGUCUGCUCGGAGCUCCGGGUGUGGGGAGACAGACGCUUCGCGACAUGCUUAUCGAAGACAAUCCUGAAAGAUAUGAACUAGCCAUCCCCUAUACAUCCAGAGAGCGUCUCCCAGGCGAAGAGGACGGGGUAGAUUUUUUUUUUGAAAAAGCUCAGAAAAUGAAAGCCGGCUAUCAACGAAAUCACUUCAUUGAGUUCGGAGAGUCGGAUGGGAUAUUUUACGGCACGAAGGUAAAGACCCUGCGACGAAUUGCACAAUCGGGAAAGACGUGCCUUUUAGACUGCAGUCCAUCUGCUGUCAGUCGUAUUCGCACAGCUGAGUUCAUGCCCUUCGUUGUCUUCCUCGCUGCACCCUCCUGCACCUGUAUGAAAGCCAUGUACGAGUACGGCCGCAGCAUGGGUCUUACAGAGGCUUGGAAGCGCGUAUGUUCAUUCUCCUACUCUUUUAGCUUAAUCGAGUAG